AUGGAUUCCAGCGAUUCAGUGGUGGGCACAGCCGUGAGCGCAGCGCCCGGAGCCCACUGGUCGUCGCAAUCCGAGGAUAAGCCGCUGCGACGGCUACUCGAGUCCGAGGACUCCAGUUAUGACUCGGACUACGAGAACAACGACGCGGACGGCCAGUCGGCCGACACCCAGAGGAGCGGCUAUAGUGGCGGACACCACGACGAGGUGUCGCGGACUAUAUCGGACACAUUGGGUCAGGAGUUCGACGAGUACAUCACCACCAGUCCCCUACCGCAGCCCACAUACCUCGACCACAUCAUCAGUGAUCCGAAUUACAUAAAAUCCGUGGAGUUUGCGCUCAAACUGGGCUACACUGAGACACAGGUGCAGAUCGCGCUCAUGAAGUUGGGCCCCACGGCCGGCCAGAAUGAACUGUUGGCCGAACUCAUCAAACUGGGCGCCGGCGGCCCCGGAGCUAACAUUCAGGUGUUCAGCGGUCUGGGCAAGACGUUAGUGUCGAGUCUCAUGAGUGAUAGUAAUGGCGGCGCCGGUGGUGAUGAGGACAACAACGAUAGCCUGAACCUGAGGCCUAUCGUGAUCGACGGCAGUAAUGUGGCCGUCAGUCACGGCAACAAAGUGUGCUUCUCGUGUAUGGGCAUUAAGAUAUGCGUGGACUGGUUCCAGGCGCGCGGGCACCGGGAGAUCAUCGUAUUCGUGCCGAUGUGGCGCAAGGAGAUGGCCCGCCCGGACGCCCCCAUCAAAGACCAGGAGAUACUGUCGCAGUUGGAGGCGGAAAGGCUACUGGUGUUUACCCCGAGUCGUAACGUCGGGGGCCGGCGUAUGGUCUGCUACGACGACCGCUAUAUACUGAAGCUCGCGGCCCAGAACGACGGGAUAGUCGUGUCCAACGAUAACUACCGGGACCUCACGAAUGAGAACCCGGAGUACAAGAAGGUGGUGGAGGAACGGCUACUCAUGUACUCGUUUGUGAACGACCGGUUUAUGCCGCCCGACGACCCCCUCGGCCGACACGGGCCGUCGCUGAACAACUUUUUGCGUAAACGCCCGAAGCCUCCCGAUGUGUUGCCCCCUCCCUGUCCGUACGGCAAGAAGUGUACGUACGGUAAUAAGUGUAAAUACUAUCACCCGGAGCGGGGUAACCAACCGCAUAAGUCGGUGACCGAGCGGUUGGCAGAACAGGCGAGGAUCCAGAUCCAGGAGAUGAAGGCGAGGGGUAAGAGUCGGGAGUCGAGUCCCGGCGACUCCUCGAAGCUGAAGGUGUGCCACAGUUUGCCACUACAGCCGAGCAGUGGUGAUAUGUCGCGCAAGAAGGAGCCCCUCUCGAGGACUAAGUCUGUGAUUCCCAGCAAAUCGUUGCCAUUGGAUGACUACUCACAGCAGCAGCCCUUCCAGAGGCAUGUGUUCAGCGCCGAUCAGACUAUGAAUGCGGAUCAGCACAAGAGCUCUGAGAAUCUGCACCGAAAACUGCAGCGACAGCUCACGUUAAACCCGAACUACGACCCGAGGCUACAGGCGCUGCAGCAUAACUUCCAGCACCACCGGUCCGACCAUCACUUGUCGCCGAUAGGAACCAAACAACAGCAGAGCAGAGGCGGCCCGGAAUCGCACCGUCAGCUCAAGCGUCUGGGAUCCGACGGCCCAACGCUCGUCAACAUCCAGAAGCAGAACCUGCUGUACGUUCCCAACGCCUACUCCGCGGCCCAAUCGCACGACUCAUUGCACACAUUAGUCACACGCAACGCAUCGGCGCCCGACCCCACCUCCACAUCCCAGUGGCCGUCCAGUUACUCGCCGUCUAUGGCGCGACUCAACUCGACGUCCGACACCCGGCUAAACAUGACACCACCGCCCGCCCCCUUUCCCAACCAGAUCUGGUCGACCAGCUCCGGGGGUCUCAUUGUGCCGCCGGUGCCGUCGAGCCCCUGGAACCGAGUGGACCACAACUCGCAUAACUCGCUGACGUCGGCGCCCCUGAGGCCGUCGAGUGUGCCCCUACACGAGUUCAAGCCGACGCUACACCAGCCGACCGCCGUUAGGCCGCCCGCCAUGAGGUCGGUGUCGCCCAACGAGCUGACUGACUCGCGCCCGAAGCUAUACUUCCACUUGUCGUCGAUAUUCCCUGAAGAACAGGUGCGGACAGCGAUGGAGAUGUAUCCCGAAGAGACUAAUCCGCAGAACAUAUGCGCCGCCAUUAUCACGAUGUUUCCCAAGAAGUUAUGA